GACUUUGUGCCCGGGAAGGGCCAAGGGUUGAUAUUCAACCUCCACGGUCCACCGGGAGUGGGAAAGACCUUAACCGCAGAGGCAACCAGUGAAGUUACCGGAAGCCCGCUGUAUAUCAUGGGGGUCGGCGACCUAGGUGCAGAGCUGGAAGCCCUUGAGAAAAACCUCAGAAAGGUCUUUGCACUUGCCUAUCGGUGGAAAGCGGUGGUCCUCAUUGAUGAAGCGGACGUCUUCCUCGAGAAGCGUGGCUUGCAUGGGAUAGAGCGCAAUGCGAUGGUAGCUGUUCUAUUACGACAAAUUGAGUACUACCCUGGCAUUCUCUUCUUGACAACCAACCGCAUCAAAGUGUUUGAUGAAGCAAUGAUGUCACGUAUUCACCUUUCAUUUUACUACCCACAGCUUGACGUGGAUGCACGGGCAAGAUUAUGGAAGGCAUUCCUGAGCAGAACGAACCUGCGCAUCUUGGAGGAGCAAUCCCUUGUGUGGUUGAGUAAACUUCCUCUCAAUGGCCGUGAGAUCAAGAACAUCGUCAAGCUGUCCUCUGCUGUUGCG